CCGGCCGGGCAGGUUCCGGUCAAGCCGGAAGCACGUGGCCCCCCCCACCCCGGGCGGUUGCCCGGGAGACGGGGCUGUUUACCAGCGGGACGCAGCCGGGGCGCAGGCGGAUGGAGCGCAGAGGGGCCCUGAGAAGCAAUGGCCACAGAAGGCCCUGUAACCGCAGCACCACUGGGACGCAUCCCUCUUAACACGGCAGCUGAGAGCUCAUCUGCUUUCAUCUGGAAGCCAAACUCACUAAAAAUGCAUGUCACCAGGCCCAAGUCUGCCAAAGGCCGCAAGCGGCCCAGUCUGCACAAACCCCAGGGCGCACAGUCAGGACCUCACUGCGCACCUUCCUCUCCACCUCCAGCCAGCUCCUCGGAGUCACCGGGCAGUCAGAAACCAAGAGCUUGUGCGCCCACAUCUCCAACCCAGGGAGCCCCAGAUGAAUUCCCUGAGCUGCUACAAGUGCCCAUGGGGGCCUCCUCUUCCCUCAACAAGUACCCAGUCCUCCCAUCCAUCAGCAGAAGAGGCCUGAAGGAGGAGGCUUUGGGCACAGUGGCGAGAAAAGCCAGCUCCCUGCAACUGAGCAGCAUCCAGGCCCUUUACCAAGAGGAGACUUGCACCACAGAGACAAAGAAAGAUGCUAGAGCCCCAGCUUUUGCCCCAGAGAGGAAGCUUGUCAUCCAGACCAAGAGGCAGGGCACUCCCAGGCCUGGAACCCUGGAGGAACACUCAGACCAAGAACACAGGCUGCUGCUUGCUGUCCGAUCACCAUCAGGCCAGAGGUUCGUGCAUCACUUCCGGCCCACGGAUGACCUCCAAACCGUCCUUACUGUUGCCGAGCAGAAGAACAGAACCACCUACCGCCACUGCAGCAUCGAGACAAUGGAGGUGCCCAGGAGACGUUUCACAGACCUCACCAAGUCUCUGCAGGAGUGCGGCAUCCUCCACAAGUCGGUGCUGGGCAUCGCUCAGGAGGAGGGGGAGGGGAGGCCCUGAGCCCACAGGCACCCACCUGGGGUCCCCGUCUGUGAGCCAGAAGCAUGCCACUGUGGCAAGGCCUUCCGUGCAGCCCGGUUGCAAGUGCCAUAUGAACUGGUGCAGCUGUGGCCCUUGGGCCUCCCUCCCACAGCACGUCCUUGGGGGUCAGACACAUCUGUGCGUGGGCUGGGCAACUGAGAGACUCAGCCUUACACUCCCUCCUCCUCUGGAGAAACCACGAGUUCCAAGGCUGUGUCUGAAGCAGCUGCAACUAGGAUUUUUCUUCCCAGAGUGUUGGCUACGUCUAAUACAGUCCUUUCGGGAGCACCUGCCGCCUGCACAAUGAACUCUGAUUCUCUUAAAGCCAAUGUUUGCCUUUCUGUAUUUGCUGCAGGAUUAAACACUUCCCUGAGGGAUUGCAGUCUGGUAAAUAACCAGGGUUCAGGAAGUAUCUAACUGGCAUUUGUAUUUCUUGCAAGUGUCUGACGUAUUAACAGACUGCUGACCCUGUCUUUAGAAGCAGCUCCUCUGCUGGGCUGGGAGGCCAGAGCUGUUUGGGGAUCCCAGUCUGUGUGAGAGAACAUCAAAGGGGAGAACAGGCCUUCAAAACCCCCC